GGAGAUGGUGUCGAAGGUUUUCUGGAAACCGAGAUGUCCUGCGGUCUUAGCGUCGUGGUGCUUGGCCAAGAGCUGAGUACGGAGGCCCCGUGCGUCGGGGAUGCAAAGUCGGCGAGUGCCUUUGCGGGCUUGGCGUGGAGUGAUAUCUUUUUUGGAGAGGAUGGAGGAGACGAUGGUGAUGUCAGUGCGGAUGGUGAAGUAUUGCCCGUCGAGAUACGGGCACUAGACUGUGAGGGCGUGAAUCACGGCGAGGAGUUCCUUCUCGUUGGAGGGGUAAUUCAUCUCCGCGGGAAGGAGCUUCCUGCUUGCGAAGGCGAUAGGGUAUUCGCCAGGUGGAGCCUCGGGGUGAGUGGGCGAGUCCUUGAUGGAGGGGGUCUCGGCACUGUCGCGGGGGAAAUGUUGGGACAGUACGGCUCCGAUGGCGAAGUCGGAGGCGUCAGUGGUGACAUAGAAAUGGCGAGUGGGGUCGGCGAUCUUGAGGACAGGGGCCGUGGUGAUGGUUUGCUUGAAAUUUUUGCUCUCGGAGGAUCGAGAAAACUGUGCGGAGGUGCUGAAGACAAGGAUGUCAUCAAGGUAGACGACGACACAGACUUCGAGGAGGUUGCGGAAGAUGUGGUUCAUGGUAGAUUGGAAGGUAGGGGGGGCAUUGGUGAGUCCGAAUGGCAUCACGAGGAACUCUUAGUGCCCGAACCGAGAGCGGAAGGCGGUCUUGUGGGUGUCCUCCUCGCGGAUACGGAUCUGGUGGAAGCCACUGUGAAGGUCGAUCUUGGUAAAGUACUUGGCUCCACGGAGACGAUCAAGGAGCUCGGAAAUCCGAGGACGUCACCGAUGGGUGGGCCGACACACGCGAUGUCGAUGCUGGGUCAGUGCCCCGGGGACUCUGUUCAUGAUGAGGAGGGGCCCGCGCUUGCCGAUGGCGGUGAUACGGAGGUUGCGGGUGGAGUGGAGGCAGACUUGCGGGUGAAUCGUGCGGUGUUGGUUUGUGAAGCAACCCCCUUUUGCUUGGAGGUAAGUGCGCUCCUCGGGGCGGGUGCGGGAGGUGUCGGGCGGGGGCUGGUGGUGGGGAUGGAGGAGUCGAUCGUGGUGGAGCAUGCGAGAGAGGAGGUCAGCAAGGGGCAUGUCGGGUUCGUGGGCGAGGGCGGUUGCAAGGUCUUUGUGGCAUACUCGUUUGAUGCGGGAGAUGAACGCAAAGUCAGGAAUGACGGUGUGGGGGAGGUGGUGGCGGAGGGAGCGGACGUAUUGGACGAAGCGGUCCGUGGGACCGGUCUGGCGGAGGUGGUAGAAUUGUUCAAGGUAGUCGUCAAUGGUUUUCUGGGGGCGGGAGGUGGCAGUGAGGAGGUUGGCCCAUUGGAGGAAGGUGUGACGUGGUCCUCCGGAGGCCCGGCGGUUGCUAACUUCAGCCAUCCACCAUUUGGCUGCGUUGCCGAGGAGGCAGGAGGUGGCAAUGGGGAGUCAGUGGGCAAGGGGCAUGUGGUGGAGCUGAAAAGAGUUCUGAAGCUGGGUUAGGAAGAGGAAAACGUCCUCGUGGGGGAGGUCGGCGAAGGACAUGAUUUCUCUAGAUCGGAAGGAACGGGGGAUUUCCCCGUCGC